AUGGCCCCCCUCAUUACUUUGGCCACAUGUGCGCUGAACCAAUGGGCCCUCGAUUUUGAAGGGAACCUUCAGCGCAUCAAGAAAAGUAUCAUCAAGGCCAAAGAGGCCGGCGCGACUUUGCGUGUCGGUCCGGAGCUGGAAAUUCCUGGAUACGGCUGUCUGGAUCACUUCCUAGAGAAUGAGAUCUACGAUAACUCAUGGGACUCGCUGUACUCUAUCUUGACCGAUCCUGAACUGCACGAUAUCGUUAUCGAUGUUGGUCUUCCCAUCCUCCACCGAAACUGCAGAUACAAUGCCCGCGCUAUCGUUUUGAACGGCAAAAUCCUGUGCCUGCGUCCUAAGCUCUAUCUCGCCAACGAUGGAAACUUCCGCGAAAUGCGCUUUUUCACUCCGUGGAAUCGCCCCAGACACGUGGAGGAUUACUACCUUCCCCCGCAUAUCCAGAAGCACCAGGGCUCCCGCCAUGUUCCCAUCGGAGAUGUUGUCUUGUCCACCUUCGACACGACCCUGGCCGCGGAGACUUGUGAGGAGCUUUUCACACCCAACAGUCCUCAUAUAACAAUGGGCCUCAAUGGUGUGGAAAUCUUCACCAACAGCAGCGGAAGUCAUCACACCCUCCGAAAGUUGGAUGAGCGUGUCGCUCUGAUCUCAGAAGCAACCCGGAAGAAUGGAGGUGUCUACUUGUACUCCAAUCAGAUUGGUUGUGACGGUGACCGACUGUACUAUGACGGCAGCGCGAUGAUCUUCGUCAACGGAGACAUUGUCGGACAGUCCAGCCAAUUCGGCCUGAACGAAGUCGAAGUAGUCGUUGCUACCGUUGAUCUGGAAGCCGUGCGAUCUUAUCGAUUCGCGCCCUCGCGCGGCAUGCAAGCCAUCGCAGCGCCGGAAUACAAGCGCAUCGAGGUGGACUUCUCUUUGUCUCACGAGAAUCUCGACCUGGACGAGAUGCACUCUGCUACAGCCCGCAGGCCCCCGCAUUACCACAUCCCCGAAGAGGAAAUCGCUUACGGACCUGCUUGCUGGCUUUGGGAUUACCUUCGCCGAUCCAAGGCCGCUGGUUUCUUCAUUCCUCUCUCUGGUGGCAUUGACAGCUGUGCCACCGCCACACUUGUCUACUCCAUGUGUCGCCAAGUCAUCAAAGCGAUGAAAGAAGGCAACGAGGUGGUCAUUGCGGAUGUUAAGCGUAUCGCUGCUUACUCCGACAAGCUGCCCGAGACUGCCGAGGAGCUUUGUAACCAGGUGCUAUGCACUUCCUUCUUGGGUAUGAAGGACCAGAGCAGUAAGGAAACGAGGGAGCGUGCUCGAGCGCUGGCUGAUCGCAUCGGUGCCUACCACACGGAUACUAAUAUCGACGAUGUAUAUCACUCGACGAAAAAUAUUCUUACCAGUGCUACUGGGUUUGAACCGAAGUUCAAGGUCCAUGGCGGUUCGACUACGCAAAAUCUUGCUUUGCAGAAUAUUCAGGCUCGAUCUCGGAUGGUCAUUUCUUAUUACCUUGCUCAGGAAUUGUGUGAGGUUCGUGGCCGACCAGGUGGCGGUUCGCUCUUGGUCCUUGGAAGCUCUAACGUCGAUGAAUGUCUACGUGGAUACCUCACUAAAUAUGACUGCUCCUCUGCGGAUAUCAACCCGAUCGGAUCUAUCAGUAAGGUCGACCUGAAGCGUUUCAUCGCCUGGGCAUCUCAAGAUUUCGACAUGCCCAUCCUCAAAGACUUCAUCGAGGCGACCCCAACAGCCGAGCUGGAACCCAUCACCGCCGAACACACACAAUCCGACGAGGUUGACAUGCAAAUGACCUACAAAGAACUAUCCCGCUUCGGCACCCUGCGAAAGGUAAACCACCUCGGACCUUUCGGAAUGUUCCUCGUGCUCCUGGAAGAAUGGGGCGGCGAAGGAGAGGACAGACUUAGCCCGCGCGAAGUUGCCGAUAAAGUGAAGAAAUUCUUCCACUUCUACCAGAUCAACCGUCACAAGCAGACCGUCGCCACACCGUCGUACCAUGCAGAAAGCUACAGUCCCGACGAUCAUAGAUUUGAUCUCCGACCUUUCUUGUAUCCUUCUGCUUUCCAGAGUUGGUCUUUUGGAAAGAUUGAUCGUCGGGUUGAGGCGCUGGAGCAGAGGAUUCAGAAGAAGAAGGACGAGGCUAAGGCUUCGAGGUAG